AUGCUGCACAACGCCAGUCUCCUGAUAGAUGACAUCGAGGACAGUUCUACACUGAGGAGAGGGUUCCCUGUAGCCCACAGCAUCUAUGGAGUCCCCUCUGUUAUCAACUCUGCCAACUACGUCUACUUCCUGGGAUUGGAGAAGGUGAUUUGGUUGAUAUUUUUUUGAUCAGCGGGUUCACUAGACAGCGUUAUAACGCUACGUGUUAUUUGUUUUCAGGUGCUGACCCUGGAUCACCCCGAGGCGGUACGUGUGUUCACCAGACAGCUGUUGGAGCUGCACCGUGGCCAGGGCCUUGAUAUCCACUGGAGAGACACCUACACCUGCCCUACAGAGAGCCAGUACCGCACCAUGGUCCUCCAGAAGACAGGGGGCCUGUUCGGCCUGGCCGUAGGGCUCAUGCAGCUGUUCUCUGGUUGGAAACGAGACCUUAAGGUAGAUACAUUCUUAUUUUGUUGCUCUUAUUUUUCAACACUAGCAAUUUCAUUUUCUAAACUUCUUUAUGAAAACCUUUUCAUGUGAUUUGACCUUUUGAACCCUCCAGCCCCUCCUGGACACGUUAGGGCUCUUCUUCCAGAUCAGAGACGACUACGCCAACCUGAACUCAGCGGAGUACAGCGAGAACAAGUCCUUCUGUGAGGACCUGACGGAGGGGAAGUUCUCCUUCCCCACCAUCCACGCCAUCUGGUCCCGUCCUGAGAGCACUCAGGUCCAGAACAUCCUGAGACAGAGGACGGAGAACGUGGACAUUAAGAAGUACUGUGUGGACUACCUGGAGAAGGUGGGCUCCUUCGCCUACACCAGAGAGACCCUGAGAGGGCUGGAGGCCGAGGCAUACCGCCUUAUCACGGAUCUGGGGGGAAACCCUGAACUGGAGGGGUUGGUGAAACACCUCAGUAAGAUGUUUAGAGAGCCUGAGGCUAAGGCUAGGCCUAAAGAGGACUGA